AAGAUCAGCUGUUUGCCUUCAGGAGGCUCAGAGACAGCAUGUUUUCGUGGGGAGAGGACUGUUUGCGGGGGUUUUGGUUGAAAGGCGACGGUAACCGUUCAGCAACCAAAAACACUUCGUCGGAUGCAGGAGUUCAUCAUGUAAACAUUAGUUACCGCAUCAUAGAUCUGUCAGCAAGUCACAAUGUGCUGGCUUUCCUCAAGAGUAAUGGAAAUGCCUUCAUCGUUCCCACAAACGAGGGCAAGGAUGGAGUAAGAGUGAGAGGAAAACAAAAGUUUGUGAAAUAUAAGGAGAAGAUUGCAGCUGUGAAUUGUGGUGAUGAUGUGGUAACACUUCUGUCAGAGAGAGGCUCUGUCCUCUGUGUGGACAUAACUCACAGUCCUUACAUACCCAGGUUGGUGGAGACUCUUUCUAACAUACCAGUCUCUCAGGUUGCAUGCGGGAGCCAGCAUUCAGUUGCCCUCACCAAAGAUGGUCAGGUCUACACAUGGGGUCAGAACUGUAGAGGCCAGCUGGGUCUGGGGACGACAAAUUCUGGAUCCAGUUCACCCCAGCCGAUCCAGUCCCUGUCAGCCAUCCCUCUGGUUCGGAUUGCUGCAGGAGGAGAGCAGAGCUUUGCCUUGUCUGUGUCUGGAGGAGUGUUUGGAUGGGGCAGAAAUGACUGUGGACAGCUCGGACUGGGAGACACUGAAGACAGACAUACACCGGUUUCCGUUCAUAGCUUGAACCUGAAGCAAACUUGUGACAUUUCCUGUGGAAAAGACCACACUGCCAUUUUGACAAAGCAUGGUGCCGUGUUUACUUUUGGCUCUGGUCAGUAUGGACAGCUUGGACACAACUCGUUGCAAAAUGAACUCCGUCCUCGGCUCGUUGCCGAGCUUGGAGCAAAAGUUACCAAGAUUGCAUGUGGAAGACAUCACACAUUAGUGUUGACAGACUUCAACAAGAUCUACUCCUUCGGUUGUCAAGAGCAAGGGCAGCUGGGUCGGAAGGAGGAGAAUCACCCGUCAGUGCCGCUGCCUGUUGAGCUGCCUCAGGACACCAGUGAUCCCAAAAUUAAAAGCAUCUUCGCUGGGGAAAAUUGCUCAUUUGCGACAUGCUCUUCUGAUGAGGAGGUUCAGAGAGAUUCAAACACUGACAGUGUCAACGACAUAGUGCAGCACUGUCUUGAAGGCGUGAUUGAUAGAUGGAUUUCUGAAUGCGAUUCAAAAUCAUGGAAAAAGAUCAAGCAGGAAAUCCACAGAAUGUUUUCAUCUGCAUCCUGUUUAAAUAAAAGCUUCCUCGAACAAAGCGGAGAUAAACAUUUCCAGACUUCACCCAAGUACCAUGGCCUGAACUUGAAACUGGCACGACUCACCUUCAAGAAAAUGGUGAAAAAGGACAAAGUUUGGGAAGAGGUUGAGGCUGCGCUUCUUCACCUGCUGCCUCGUCUUCAUAAGAAUCCCGUGGGAGUGGAGGGUCUGAGGAUCUACCUGCUUCUCAAUGAACUUCUGCAUGUGAUCCAGAAACACACACGACAACAGAACACUGAACUUGCUGAGGCGGUGGCAGCAGCAGUGACAGACUUAUCAGCUAAUAACCUCCAGCUCAUAGGGGACUGGUGGUCCUCGCUGUCACUCUCCACCAUGGGAAGAUAUGUGAAGGUGUGGAAACAAGCCAUCUCUGUGAUCUUGUCUGAGCCUUUUCCUCAUUACUCUGGAGUCAGGAAUCUGCUUCAAGUCCUUCAAUAUAUGUACAAUGUCAACAGCAGGGCUGCAGAGAGUCAGAGGAUGCCGGAGAGCAAUUUUUAUUUGUUGCUUGAUCAAAUGUUUCUUAUGAGUGACCUGGAACUAUGGCGAUUUCAAUCACAACACAGGUUUGGACCUCCUAAGCCACUUGUCCUUUGCGACUUUCCAGUUGUGAUGGAUCUGCAAGCAAAAAUACAAGUUUUUAAUAUGAAUGCCGAAUUGUCCAAGCUCGAAGCGACUCUGGUUUUCUCCAACUUUUUUUUUUUACUUUUUGGAUGCCCAAUCCCUAGUCAUGAAGAGCUUGUGCUGAAUCUGAAGCAUGCGUCAGUUUUGGAGGACACCUUUGACCAACUGGCUGCAGCACAUCACAAAGACUACAAGAAGCCCCUGAUGAUCUGUUUUGAUGACUACUGGGAAUCUGAUAAUCUGCCUGUCUACAUGAAGGACUUCUUUUAUGAAGUCUUUCACGAGAUAAUGUCUGCUGAAUCUGGCCUGUUCAUGUUCAAUGAGACUGAAACAUUGGCAUGGUUCUCCUCCAAAGCACCAAAGGAGGACAGGCGAUUCUACCUGUUUGGGGUUCUGUGUGGACUAGCGUUGUACAACAACGUCAUCAUUUACUUGCCUUUCCCACUGGUGCUGUUCAAGAAGCUGCUUGGAGUGAGGCCUUCACUGGAGGACAUGAUGGAAUUUAGCCCAACGGAUGGCAACCGUCUGACGUACAUCCUUGAUGACCACACAGAUGAUGACAUAGAAGACCUGGAGAUGGACUUUUUGAUCAACUGGAACAACUGUGAGGUUGAUCUUGAUCCUCAAAAUCCUGAAAAGAGAGUAACAAACCACAACAAGAAGGAGUUUGUGGAUGCCUUCGUGAAUCACGCCUUCAACACAUCCGUGGAGACUGUGUUUCAGGAGUUCAAGCGAGGCUUCUUCCAGGUGUGUGACCGAGAUUUGGUGAGGCUGUUCAGGCCAAAGGAGCUGCAGAAGGUUCUGGUGGGGGAAGACUUCCAGGACUGGGAAAGACUGAAACAGAGCACGCAGUAUAAGGGGACGUACCACGUCGGCCACCCCAACAUACAGAUGUUUUGGGAGAUUUUUGAUGAACUGACUGAGAACCAGAAGAAAGCUUUUCUCUGGUUUGUGACAGGAUUUGAACGGCUGCCUAUUGUCAAUAUGGGCAAAAUCAAGAUGGAAAUCCGAGAUAUAUUUGUUGAGGAUGUUUCCAACGACAUCGUCUACCCUCAGACACAUACGUGCUCCUCGCUCCUGGAGCUCCCCGUGUAUUCAUGCAAGGAGAUCAUGCAAGUCAAACUGGUGGAAGCCUUGAAAAGCAACAGAAGAAUCAGUCAGUGAUUCAUACAGCACUUUUCACUGCAUCUGCAAAGAGCAGAUGAUUUAGUUUGCAACAAAGCACUUUGUAAACAGCUGACCAAAACUCUGUGUGCCAUGUUACAAACAAUGUGUUUAUCAUAAUGCGUAAUAUGAAACUUUGUUAAUAUAGAUUUUACUUGA